GAUCCACGUUGUGCUCCUCAUACAUCAAACAAAGCACACGUAGCGCUAACGUCACAUACACGAUAAGCAUGCAAGGGCAACAUGUUCUUCAAUGAAGGUGCCGCCUUGUACGCAGGGAAUGUUAAAUGCACAUUAUUGCCUUGUACGUUCUACCGGCAUUUAGCUUGCUAGCCAGCAAGUGAAGAUCUCGCGAGAGCUGCGUCGCCGACUGUGACUGGCGGAGGCUUUGCGGUAGACGGAGGGAGAAGGCAGGCAGCAUCAUGGCGGACAGAGACAGUGGAAGUGAGCAGGGAGGAGCGGCCACGGGCCCAGGCUUCGGUUCCAUGCACUUGGCAACAGGAGGGGCGGGCUCGGCUUCCGGCCUCCAGCAUGAGACUCAGGAACUGGCUUCCAAGCGAGUUGACAUCCAAAACAAACGCUUCUAUUUGGACGUAAAGCAGAACGCCAAAGGCCGCUUCUUGAAGAUAGCAGAAGUCGGGGCCGGUGGCAACAAGAGCCGCCUCACUCUGUCCAUGUCGGUGGCGGUGGAGUUCCGCGACUACUUGGGGGACUUCAUCGAACACUACGCCCAGUUGGGUCCCAGCAACCCGGGCAUGGUGCAGGAUGAGCCGCGGCGGGCGCUCAAAAGCGAGUUCCUAGUGCGGGAGAAUCGGAAGUACUACAUGGACCUGAAAGAGAACCAGAGGGGGCGGUUCUUGAGGAUCCGACAGACCGUCAACCGGGGGCCCGGUUUGGGAUCCACGCAGGGCCAGACCAUCGCACUCCCGGCCCAGGGACUUAUUGAGUUCCGCGACGCUUUGGCCAAACUUAUUGACGAUUACGGCGUGGAAGAGGAGCCCGCCGAGCUGCCGGAGGGCUCGUCAUUGACUGUUGACAACAAGCGCUUCUUCUUCGACGUGGGCUCCAACAAGUACGGCGUGUUCAUGAGGGUAAGCGAGGUGAAGCCCACGUACCGCAACUCCAUCACGGUUCCCUACAAAGUGUGGUCCAAAUUCGGGAAUACGUUCUGCAAAUACGCCGACGAGAUGAAGAAGAUCCAGGAGAAACAGCGGGAGAAGCGAGCGUGUGAGCUGCAGCAGCAGCAGCAACAGCAUGAGGAAGUGCAGGCGGAUGAUGGAGACGAGGAUUGAUGUACAAGUCGUGAGAAUAACAAGAAAUCUAUUGAUGAACUCUACUGUAUAAAAGAAAUCUAACUGUUAAUGGUUUAACUCCAAGGGAGCAUCACCCACAAUAUAAGAAACCUCCACAAGCUGACAGUUCUGACAUGUUGUCACUCAUCGCUGGAUGUUACCCCACUUAUCCACCAUUAAUACAGUAACUGGCUGCUAAAACCAAGUAAUAACAUAUUUGAACAUUGUUUUCCUACUUGACGAUAUUGAACUGAGUGUUUAUUUCCCUUAUUAACAGAGAUACAACUUUUUCUACCACUUAAAAGCUAAAAAAAAAAGUGUUUGCAAUGUUCAAAUGGAAUUGCUGACGUCUAAAGAGUAAGCAUUUCCUUUUCGUGUAAGCUAAUAACUUCAGCACAAAUCAGAUAUUCUAAUUUUUUGAAACCAAAAUCCAGAAAGUUUAUAAAAAAAAAACAAAAAAAAGGUUGUCACAUGUACUCGCCAUCUUAUUUACCUUUUACCUGUGACUAGAAAUGUGUUUACACAUCAAUUAAAUGAGGGCUAGGCCUGAUUUGGAAAAUGGUUAGAAACCAUGCAGUAUAAAAAUAGGAACAAGUGCUCUCUAUAUGUUGUGCAAUAUGCAUCGCAUACAAAUCAAUAUUGAAAUGGUCAGUGGUUCUUGACGUGUUGACAUUUGCCCGAGGCAUUCAAAGACAUUGUAAAUCUUGUUUCAGUUGAAAUUGUUGCCAUGCAAAUGGAUAUAUUAUGGACUACCUUUGUGUGUCGUCGUUAAUGCAAUGUGUUGAGUUAAAAGGUACUAAAAAAAAAAAAAAAGUGUAGUAACGACAACAUGUAGCAAACGCCACUAAAUGCAGAUGAGUGUUGGCCAGAACAUGGUGUGAAAUGUCUAAAUGGUGCCAAGUAAGGCGUGCUGUUGCUGCAUGUUUGUCUGCACUUAAAAAGUUUGAUUUCGAUGGUCUCCCAAAAUAUUGGCUCAAGGACCCUUCCAUAUUUUUCUGCCUGUAUUGCACGAUGCUCAGCUCUGACUGAGUGACGUCCACCCAAAAGGCUUGGUGUUGUCGUGGAAGUCUGAAAGCGUCAGCAUCACACACCUGGGUCUUUUGAGGGUCCACGUCUGGUUUUGUGAAGUCAGUCGGCCGCUGUUUGUUAAGGUGUGACUCGAUAGUGUUCUGUAAAUAUUCGGGCUGCCACACGGAAAACGACUGGCUCCGGUCCAGUUCUGUCGCAUCUCAUAGAUGUGUGAUAGCAGUUUUAUAAACUCUUGCCAGUCGAGUUGAGAGAAACUGGCAACAAUCAGAUCAAUUUACCUCAGCAUUGAGUUCAGUGUUUGCUUCCAUUACGUUUAGAGUUGACUGGAAACCAGCAAACUAGACUUGUCCUUGACCACCUAUUUUUGGAGCCUAUAUGGUAAAAGCUUACUGGGAGCGUUCUCUUCAGCAUAUAAAACAACCUGGUGCCUUACACACUCCGCAUGCUUACACGCUGGCCUGGUGCUUUGGAUCGCAACGUUUGGCUUCUUUUUAACGACCGUUUUCUUCCAUUUUCUUUUGUCUCAGCCCCGACUCGUGGUGCUAAAAAAAGGGUUUGUCCUUCCUUCAUUAUUCCUCAUUAUUGUCAUUACCCCCAGCCAUCCAGGUAUCGGCCUACAUGUAAACAUGGAAGGGGAGGGGAGGUCACCUCGAUGCAAGAUGAUGCAGAGGAGUUAGCGCCAAGCACAUUAAAUAGCUGGGAGAGAGCAGUGGGCUGAAAUGAUUGUGAAUAGUUGUUGACAAGCCUCCAUCGCCGCCCCUCCUCUUACUGAUAUGCUCUGGCUUUUGGUUAGUCAUGUAUGUCGUCAGUCGCUCAAUUACGGAGUAGCACGCAUGUCUCGUUCAUUUUUUUUUUCUUGGUUUUUACCUUCUCUGCAUUAUUCCACUUUAACUAUUGGAAUGUUUUCGCCCACAAAAAAUAUAUCUAUUUUUUAUGUGCAACAUUUCAUGACUGUGUGCAAUAUCCGUAUGUGCCAAUGGUGGCAAUGUAUGUAUAUCAAUUAAAAUAUAUGAGUACUAUUUCAAAGCAUGUGGCUGAAUCCAUGUUUAUUUGCACUUAAAAAUAAGGAGGGAAAUGGAAGGAGAUGGCAGCAGCUGGGCCAAGUUCACGAUAACUUGAGAGCAAUGAAGAAACAUCAGAAACACUUUACUUUGUCGACAAAUCUCCCUUUUAGCUUUUAAGCUAAGAAAAGGUGCUUGAGUCCAGUCUUCAUUGAAGUUGUUUGGUGAACUGUCUUCAGUGGUUGUUAUAUGUGUAGCACUUUGCUUUUCCCCAUGCAGGUUCUAAAACACCUGACCCAAUACUUUAAGACUAUCUCAAGAAUGUCAUUAACCCCUCUUUUUUGUUUUCCUACAUGAAAUCUAUAUUAUGUAUAUUAUGACCAGUUUAGUUUUGCCCUAUAGAGAAGCUAUAUUCAAAAUGAUUUUGUUUUCAUGUUUUAAGAAAAUACCAAAAUGUCGACUAUUCACUGAUGGAAAAGUAUGUUUAAUUUUGAUGUAGUUUUUCCACACUGUCUUGACAUUUGCAAUCGGUACUAAUGACUGAAGCUUAAUUUUACAGCCUUAAAAAAUGCAUAAUUGAAACGUCUGACAAAUAGCCGUGUCUUCUAGAGAAUUCUGCAUUCUCGUACUGUAUGUAUCAUAACAGGCUGUAAAAUAAAGCAUUACUUUGUCCUCUGA